AUGGACAGAGUUCAUCCGAGGAGCCAAAAACGUGAUUUUGGAAGAAUCGAGCUCUUUGCUUCAAAAAUAGGCCUACGUCUUGCUGGUGAGUUCAACGGUUGUCCAUCGCUAAAGAGGAUUACGGGAAGUUCAUUGCGAUUUCAACUAGUUGAUGGAAAGAGUCGACUGCUGCAAAUCCUAACUUACGCCUCAAAGCUGCGCAGCGGUGGCCCUGGCCGUCAGGCAGCUAUGGUGGCGAGACUUCGUCUCGGCAGGUUCAACCAUGCCACAAAGACUGCUAGCUUGCUAGUGCGACAAGCCGACCGAGGACAACAUCUUCGUCGCGUCAUACUGCUAAUGUCUACUAUGUGUCCUUCAGAAGCUAGGGCGUACCCCUCAAGCGACGCGCAUUGUCCUCGCCCGGGCAAUAUGGCAAAUAUGCGAGGGCUACCGGCUAGAGGACGGAGCUGGCCAAAGAAGAGAAGUGGAAUUGGGAGUCUGGAGCAGUACGUCCAAUCCCUAGAAGGCGAAGAAGUACUUCUAAUCGGAGGAGACUUCAACGGACAUGUCGGUUCUCGGAAAGACGGGUUCGAGAGUUGUCAUGGUGGAUACGGUUUUGGAGCUCGCAACGACGAAGGGUUGCGAAUCCUGGAGUAUGCUGUUGCAAGUGACUUGAUCAUUGCUAACACGCAGUAUCGGAAAAGAAAAUCGCAUUUGAUCACGUACACCAGCGGCGGUCGUGAAACACAAAUAGAUUUCUGGAUGUUACGCCGACGAGAUCGCCGACUUCUGCAGGAUUCAAAAGUCAUCCCUACAGACCAUGUCGCUGCCCAACGCCAUCUGCUCGUUAUGGACUUGAAAAUCUCCCGUCCAAGGAAGAGACAUCCAAGAACUGAAACACAGCGCAUCAAAUGGUGGAAUCUGAAGGAUCGAAAAGAGAUAUUUUUUGCGUCCGUGGCUCCAUCUGCACUUCCCCACCCUACUCGUAGUGUGGAGGAAAUGUGGUCGUCUACUUCCAGCGUUAUACGCUUGACCGCGGAGAACACUCUGGGAAAGACGACUCUAGGUAAGCCCAAAGUACAAAAGGCUACGUGGUUUUGGAACGAGGAAGUUCAGGCGGCAAUUCGAGAGAAGAAGUCCAAGUAUAAGCUCUGGUGGAGGACACGUCAGCCUGAAGAUCGGGAUGCUUACCUAACAGCGAAGAGGGAGGCUAAGAAGGCAGUCUCCAAGAAGUCGGACCGCUACAAGGCUGUGUACGACAUGCUUGAUACCAGAGAAGGCGAGCGGGCAGUGUAUCGUUUAGUCAGAGCGCGACAUCGCUCAACGUUGGAUAUGGAACACCAAGAUCGUUAA